GGAAGCGCCGACGCCAUGGCCUUCUGCGCAGGCCCGCACGCGGCCGCCGCCCCGCCCGCGGGCCCCCGGCGCCGGCCGCACGCCCCGCUGGGGCCGGACGCCGCGGGCGAGGCCGAGCGGGGCGGCGAGGAGCUCCUGGAGGUGCGAAACACGUUCAUCCACGGCGGCCUCGCCCGCUCGCCUUCGCUCGAGGCCUUCUACCGGGAGCGCGAGGUCGCGUCCUGCCCGGGGUGCAGGUCCGGUUGCCUCAAGGACCUCUUCCACGAGGAGGUUAUGGACAUGGAGAGCGAUCGCUGUGGCCCGUCCGACAGCACGACCGUGACGCCAGUGCUCACGCCAAGGAGUGGCUCCAGCGAGACGGCCAGCAGCGCGGCGCAGCAUGGCGUGUGGCAGUGCAUGGCCCCAGUGGCCGACGAGGACGCGGACGGUUUUGUGCCGAGGAGUGGCUGGAGCGAGACGGAGAGCAACGCGGCGCAGCACACCGUGUGGCAGUACAUGUCCCCCAUGAUUGUGCCUGGGAUGGCCCAGGCCGCGUUGCAGCAGGCCGUGCUCGUCCACGAUCCCGCGGCGACCACCACCUACGACGGCACGGCGUCGUGGCCGUUCCCCGCGGGCACGGUGGGCUUCCAGCCGUGGGCCGCGGAGGAGGAGACCGCCGCGCCGUUCGUCGUGGGCGCGCCAGAUGCGCCCCCCGCGCCGCACGGCGGCCGCAUGCUCGUGCGCCUCGCCGACACCCUGCUCGCCGACGGCUGCGGGCCCCCGCCCCGCGGCCCGCGGCGGGAGCCCCACCCCGCGCCGCCGGCGGAGGCCGCUCCGGGCUCGGAGGAGCUGCCCAGCGUCGGCUCCGCGCACCACGGCGCGGGGCACUGCAAGCCCUGCGCCUUCGUGCACAGCAAGGGCUGCGCGGACGGGCCGUUGUGCCAGUUCUGUCACCUGUGCGAGCCGGGCGAGAAGAAGCGCAGGCAGCGCGAGAAGCUCAAGUGCCGCAAGGCGGCGUUCCAGGGCAGGAGGGCGGGUGCCAUGGACUUCUGA